AUGGCCGGCAGCGGGGACGCGAUGGCAGGGGGGCCCAAGGUGCGGGAGUUUCCAGCCGGAUUCAUAUGGGGCACGGCGACGUCGGCGUACCAGGUGGAGGGGGCCUGGACGGAGGGCGGCAAGGGGCGCAGCAUCUGGGACUACUUUUCCCACACGGCGGGCAAGGUGCACGCCGGGAGCAACGCGGACAUGGCGUGCGACCAGUACCACAGGAUUGAUGAGGACGUGCGGCUGAUGGCCAACAUGGGUGUGAAAUACUACAGGCUGUCGAUCGCCUGGACGCGGAUCCAGCCCACGGGCACGGGGCCCGCCAACCUGGAGGGCGUGGCGUACUACAACCGCGUGAUUAACGCGCUGAUCGCCGCGGAGAUCGAGCCAGUGGUCACGCUCUACCACUGGGACCUGCCCCUGGCGCUGCAGGUGGAGCGGAACGGCUGGCUGGGCGGGGAGUACGUGAUCGACGCGUAUGUGGAGUACGCCCGUCUGUGCUUCCACCACUUCGGCGACCGCGUCAGACGGUGGAUCACAUUCAACGAGCCGUGGUGCGUGACCGUCCUGGGCUUCUGCACCGGCGAGCACGCCCCCGGGCGUACGGGCCAGCCCUGGACGGAGCCCUACCUGGCGGGCCACAACCUUCUGCUGGCGCACGCCAAGGCCGUCAAGCUCUACCGCGAUGAGUACAAGUCCUGGCAAAAGGGGCUGAUCGGCAUCACGUGCAACAGCGACUGGCGGGAGCCCUUGCCCGACGCCAACCCCAGCCGGUACAUGCGCAACUGCGAGGCCGCGGAGAGGACGCGGCAGUUCUUCCUCGCCUGGUUCACGGACCCCGUGUAUUUCGGGGACUACCCCGAGCUCAUGAAGGUGCGGCUGGGCGACCGGCUGCCGACCUUUACGCCGGCCGAGAGGGCGCUGAUGAAGGGCAGCUCGGACUUCUUCGGUCUCAACCAUUACAUGACCACUUACGUUGCGGACGCCGCGCCUGGUGCUGCUGUCGGUUUCACAAGACCUGAAGGCAGGGCGGAUUGGGUAGUGGUGGCAAACGGCAAGGAGCGUGAACCCGAAGUGGAAGUCACUUCGCCCAAGGGCGGUGAGGCACCCCAGUGGGGCGUCAAGAGCCUGUGGAACUGGGUGCAAGGGGCCAAAAGCAACGAAGAGGUAAAGGCUGCGGAUAGCCCAGCCAAAGCUGCAAUGCAAGAUGCUAAUGCUGUGGGGUGGUUUGCUGACCAAGGGUCACAGUGGUCCAACGAUCCGAACUGGGCAAUGACGGACAUGGGGUGGGCGAUCGUGCCGUGGGGCUUGAGGAAGAUGGUGGGUUGGAUUCAGAAAAGGUAUCACCCUGAGGGCGGAAUCCUCAUCACAGAGAAUGGGUGUGCAUGCAAGGACACCGAUGUUGCGGUGGCCAGGUGCGACAAGAUGAGGGUGGAGUACCUGCACGGCUACAUUUCCGAGUUGCAUAAGGCCAUCACGGAGGAUGGCGUGGACUGCCGCGGCUACUUUGUGUGGUCGCUCAUGGACAAUUUUGAGUGGGCGCAUGGGUAUUCCAAGCGUUUUGGCAUUCAUUGGGUGAACUACGACACACUGGAGAGGGUUCCCAAAGAGUCGAGCAAGUGGUUUGCCAAGCUCAUCGCCACAAACAGUGUGCCUCCGAAUGCAUGA